ACUUGGCGCCCUAUGCUAAUCUCAACUAACAACUACCAGUACAGAGGGAUGAAACUGUAAAGCAGGGGAAAAAAAAAAUAGUUGGGAUAAGUUUAGUGACAUUGCAGAGAUGGCCUCAAUCACCAUGACAGCCUCUCUCCUGGGCGGAGCAGCCCUUUCCAACCUAUCUCCGGCAACCACCCGCCGGGGAGUUGUCAUUACAAACAGUGCCAAAGUCAGUGAAGGAGAUCGGGUGAAGGUGAGCUAUGACAGCAAGAGAGAGAGCAACAAUGGGAGGAGGGAGUUGAUGUUUGCCGGUGUGACUGCUGCCGUUUGCUCUUUUGCCGCCACUGCGGUGGCGGAGGUCAAACAGGGGACCCCGGAAGCUAAGAAAUUCUCUGCUCCGGUGUGUGUCACCAUGCCUACUGCUAGGGUCUGUCACAAGUGAGGUUGUAGAUGAUGGUUAUUGUGCUCUAUGAUUGAUUGGAAAUAAAUUAGAAAGUAACGCUGUAAUCUACGUGUAAUGUUGCAUUGGAAAAUAUUUGUUCUCUCUGUUUUCUUUAUUUAUUAUGUGUUCAUCCA